CAAAAAUGGCUGAGUCUUCAAUGCAAAGAGGAAGCUCAAUGAGUUUGUUGCCACUAAUGUUAUUGAUGGUUCUGAUGACUGUUUCAAGAGUAGAUUCCAGGUCUCGGCAUUACAAAUGGGAGAUAAAGUACGAGUACAGAUCUCCAGAUUGCUUGAAGAAGCUGACUAUGACCAUCAAUGGGAGGAGUCCUGGACCAACAAUCUUGGCACAGCAGGGUGAUACAAUCGUUGUUGAAGUCAAGAACAGUUUGCCAACAGAGAACACUGCAAUCCAUUGGCACGGUAUACGACAGAGAGGAACACCUUGGAGUGAUGGAACAGAAGGGGUUACUCAAUGUCCCAUUCUACCUGGGGAUACCUUCAUUUACAAGUUUGUUGUUGACAAGGCUGGUACAUUUUUAUACCAUGCACAUUAUGGCAUGCAAAGAGAAGCUGGGCUAGUUGGGUCCAUUAUUGUAGCUCUCCCUGAAGAGGAAUCUGAGCCGUUUACCUAUGAACAUGACCAUAACAUCCUUCUCACUGAUUGGUACCACAAAAGCACUUUCGAUGAAGCCAUAGGCUUGUCUUCUAUACCUUUUGUUUUUGUUGGGGAGCCUCAAUCAUUGUUGAUAAAUGGAAGAGGAAGGUUCAAUUGCUCUCUGUUGGGUUCUUCUAGCUCGGUAAAUGAAGUGUGUAAAGCAACAGAUUCUGAAUGCUCACCGUAUGUACUAACAGUUGAGCCUGGUAAAACAUAUAGACUCAGGAUUGGUAGCUUGACUUCCCUUUCAUCUCUCAGUUUCCAAAUUGAGGGUCAUAAGAUGAUUGUUGUAGAAGCUGAUGGGCACUAUGUGGAACCAUUUGAGGUGGAGAACCUAUACAUAUACUCUGGUGAGACAUACUCAGUGCUUCUGAAAGCCAAUCAAGAUCCCUCAAGAAACUACUGGAUCACCACUAAUGUUGUUAGCAGAAAACCCUCAACCCCACUAGGGUUAGCCAUCCUCAACUACUUCCCAAACCACCCCAAAAGAAAGCCCACAACAGUUCCACCACCAGGCCCCGUUUGGAAUGAUUCUUCAUCACGCUUAUCUCAAAGCCUUGCCAUCAAAGCCAGGCAUGGCUUCAUCCAAACACCACCUCCUAAGGCAGAUAGAGUCAUAGUGCUUCUCAAUACUCAAAACACUAUAGAUGGCUACACUAAGUGGUCCUUAAACAAUGUUUCAUUGACCCUUCCUACUACCCCCUAUCUUAUUGCCCUGAAGUAUAAUCUAACUCGUGCUUUUGACGAUCAAACACCACCCCCAGAGAACUACGAUUCUGCAAAUUAUGAUAUCUACAGCGUACCUCGGAAUGUGAAUGCCACUUCAGGGAACGGAAUUUACAAGCUGGAUUUCAAUUCCACCGUGGAUGUGAUUCUGCAGAACGCCAACACGAUGACCCCAGAGAACAGCGAGACACAUCCAUGGCAUCUCCAUGGGCACAAUUUCUGGGUUCUAGGGUUUGGGAAUGGGAAGUUCGACAUUGAAAGUGAUGGGAAGAAGCUGAAUUUGGUGAACCCUAUAUUGAAGAACACUGUGCCUCUUCAUCCUUAUGGAUGGACGGCGCUGAGAUUCCAGGCUGAUAAUCCUGGAGUGUGGAUUUUCCACUGCCACAUUGAAUCUCACUUCUACAUGGGCAUGGCGGUCGUGUUCCAGGAAGGCGUGGAUAUGGUGGGCAACUUGCCUUCUUCCAUUUUGGGCUGUGGAGACACCAAAGGAUUACGUAGGCCUUGAGUUUUGUUUCUGAAUCAACAAUAAUCAUUUUUAUCUUCAAGAAUCGUUACACAUUAGCCGUAGCGAUCAAAAUUUACCAGUCACACUGAAGCUGCAGUACAGAUCACCUGAGGUUGAACAUGUUUUCACAUGAAUUAUAGCCUUUUCUUCAUGAUUAAAUGAACACCGUACCUUUGAUUUCCA